AGAUAUGGAGAACCUGGGAAUCUGAGAAUUGUUCACAUCUUCAUCUUUUAAAAAUGUUCCACCACGGAAACACCAAGAAGUGCUUCACCAUAGAGUCCCUGGUGGGGAAGGAGGUGAGCGGAGGAGGAGGAGGAGGAGAUGAACCGAUCCGACCCACCGCGCUCCGCUUCCCGGACUCUCUGCACCCCGGGGUGUUCGGCUCCUGUUUCCCGGGGAGGACUUCUUCUUCCUCCCUGUACGGAUCCUCCGGGCCGGACAUGGGGCUUCUUCACCCGGACUCACACACGCAGAGUCCCGGGGGAGGACUGCCUCUUCACCCGCUGCAGAUCCCUCCGCAGAGCUUCUUCGGCACCGGGCAGCACCGGGAGCUGGGCUUCUACCCCUGGGUGCUCCGGAGCCGGUACCUGGGCCACCGCUUCCAAGGGGACGACGGCAGUCCGGAGAACAUGCUUCUGCACGGCCCGUUCUCCAGGAAACCCAAACGCAUCCGGACGGCGUUCUCUCCGUCUCAGCUGCUGCGUCUGGAGCGAGCCUUCGAGAAAAAUCACUACGUGGUCGGAGUCGAGAGGAAACAGCUGGCGAGCACACUCUGCCUCACAGAGACUCAGGUGAAGGUCUGGUUUCAGAACCGCAGGACGAAGCACAAGCGUCAGAAGUUGGAGGAAGAGUCUCCUGAAGCGCUGCAGAAGAGGAAGGGCAGUCAACACAUCAAUCGCUGGAGGGCGGCCACACACCAGCCGGGGGGCGGGGGGGAGGACGUGGACGUGCUCAGCGAGGACUAGACUGCAGACACACACACAUGAACACACACAUACACACACAUACACACAUAAACACACACACACACACACAGUCAUACUGGUUAGUGUCAGAUAUCCAAAAGUGUGUUCAGGCGACUUUUUCAAGUUUCAAAAGCUUUUAGAUCCACAGCUAGAACGAAUGCAAUCAAAUUGUUGCAGUUAAUUUUUAGUUAGUCCAUUAGGUGCAUAAAACAUGCAGUCAUUUGGCCAAAAAUGUACUCC